AUGGUUAUUCUCGAUAGGCUGCCUACUAAAGAUCGGCUUGUUCGGUUCGGCUUGGCUAUUGAUAAUGUUUGUGGUCUGUGUGCCUCUAGUUCUGAAUCUCGUGAUCACCUUUUUGUUGAAUGUUGUUUUGCAAAGGAAGUUUGGGAUAUUGUUCUAACUUCCUGUGGUGUUUGUUAUACUCUGACCAACUGGGAGGAUCUUUUCAAUUGGCUGAUAGCAAACUUGAAAGACAAAUCCCUCAGAAUUCGAAUCUUGAGGCUCGCUUGGACUGGUAUGCUGUAUUCGGUCUGGGAAGAGCGUAAUCACAGGCUCUUUAGACGCUCAUCUCGCUCGGUUGAUGCUCUUGUUAAUAGUAUAAAGUUAGUUGUUAGAGUUAAGUUGAGUAGAUAUGGCAAGCCUAGGAUUGAUGAUGUUAACAGGCAGUUAUGUUUGAAUUGGGUUCUUGACGAUACCGAGGAGUUGUCGAACGAUAAUGGCGCAGGACUCAUCGAGUACAUUGAAGUCGUUCGCCUUGAUCGUGUUCGUCUACAUCUUCAUUUGCAUCUUGAAGUGGAGGUGUAUUGA